AUGAAGUCUCCGUCCUCCCAAUCACAUCUGCAAACUGCACACCAGACAUGGCAGCGAAUGCAGCACCUGUUAGCACGCCAGGAGAUUCAAGUGGAUGGCACGAGUCUUGAUAUUGCCGCCGUGACGGCUGUGGCAUACCACGGUUGCGUUCCCAAACUCUCGACCAAUCCCGCUGUCAUAGAACGCAUUGAAGCAAGCGUGCGAGUAUUGAAGGGUCAUCUAGAUAAAGGCCAUUUUGUAUAUGGAGUCAACACUGGUUUUGGGGGCAGCGCCGAUGUCCGAACAGAUCGAGUCAUCGCAUUGCAAUCCGGGCUGCUCCAGCUCCUCCAGGCCGGAGUCCUUGUUUCCUCAGACAAGAACAAUGGAAAGGUUUCAAAGAACCAACGUGCUUUGGAGACACAUGCCAUGCCCGCUCCCUGGGUACGAGCUGCCAUGGUGGUUCGGGGUAAUACCAACACACGCGGGCACUCUGCCGUUUCAGUGCCUGUAAUUGAGACCAUCUUGGGCCUCGUGGAACGCCAUAUUACACCUAUUGUUCCCUUGAGAGGCACCAUAUCAGCAUCUGGUGAUCUGAUUCCGCUUUCGUACAUUGCGGGUGCCAUCGAGGGCAGCCCAGAUGUUUAUGUUCAAAUACAUGACUCCGAUAAGCCAUCCGUUAUGUCUGCCCGUGAUGCUCUAUCAUCAAAGGGAAUCAACACCCAGGUGUUGGGCCCCAAGGAAGGAUUGGGUUUAGUCAAUGGGACGUCCUCAUCUGCUGCACUUGCUAGUUUGGUGAUGUAUGAAUCCCAUCAACUAGCCGUCCUAGUCCAGGCUAUUUCUGCAAUGGCUGUUGAAGCACUCAUGGGGACCUCAGAGAGCUUCAAUCCUUUCAUGUCUGAUGUACGGCCGCAUGAUGGCCAGAAAGAAUGUGCCGCUAAUUUGAUGGGACUUCUCCAAGGUUCACAUUUAGCACAUGGAAUUCAACAAGAGAAGGAUCGCAAUCGUGCAGGCCUGGUCCAAGACCGUUACUCUCUGCGCACUGUCCCACAGUGGAUUGGACCUCAGCUAGAGGAUCUUCUUUUGGCCCAUCAACAAGUCUCCGUCGAACUCAAUUCCACCACUGAUAACCCGCUGAUUGAUGGUGUAAGUGAGGACAUCUUCUAUGGAGGCAACUUCCAGGCCGUUUCUAUCACCUCGGCCAUGGAAAAGACAAGAUUGUCCCUUCAGAUGUUUGGCAAACUGCUUUUCUCGCAAGCCACAGAAAUGAUCGAUCCAAACUAUAACAACGGACUGCCUACCAAUCUCGUGGCCGAUGAUCCACGACUUUCUUUUACCAUGAAGGGUGUGGAUAUCAGCAUGGCAUCCUAUAUGGCAGAGCUGGCCUACCUUGCCAAUCCUGUCAGCUCCCAUGUACAGCCAGCUGAGAUGCAUAAUCAGGCUAUUAACUCUAUGGCCUUUGUAUCUAGCAGGUACAGCAUGCAGGCAGUGGAGGUUGUGUCGCUCAUGAGUGCUUGCAGUGUCUAUGUUGGCUGUCAAGCGCUAGACCUGCGUGCCAUGCAUCUAAGCUUCCUCGAGAACCUGAUGCCUCAACUUCAUGCCCUGACAGCAGACAUCUUCGCAGCUCAUCUUUCGGGGCAAUGGCUAGUCGAUUUGAACAGUCGACUGAGCACGCAUGUUGCAAAUACCUGGCCCACAACCAACCGCCUAAGUCUGGAAGACCGUUCUAAUACCGUCGUUAAGAAUUCGAUUUCUGUUUUCCUUGAUGUCUUCACAUCAUACGGUAGCGGGCCCAAUCUGGUUGACUUGAACAAUUGGAAAUCCAAAGCCAUUGCCCUGUUGAACAAGGUAUUCAAAGACACAUCCGACAGCUUUUUCCACGCCCAACACACUGAAUCUCUCCUCGGCGUGGGCUCGAAGGUCUUGUAUCAGACUGUCCGAAGAGACUUGGGGGUUCCUUUCCACCAAGGUUUUAUCGAACACCCCACAGCCCAAGAUGACACGCUGAACGGUCGGGCUAAAAAGACAGUCGGUUCCUGGAUUUCAAUUAUAUAUGAAGCCAUUCGGGAUGGCCGGCUGUUGAAUCCCUUGAUGGCCUCGCUUAGUAGCUCGACACACGCCAGUUGGGUUAAUGGGCAACGUGUUUCCAAACUGUAA